AUGUGCAAAGAACAUUUUAUUAAAAAUACAACUCGUCUACAAGACGGUCGUUUCUGUGUGAGAAUACCACUGAAACAAUCACGUGAUAAUUUAGGCGGUUCCCUACAACGCGCCAAGCUUUGCCUCCUUUCUCUUGAGCGUAGGUUUAAGGGUCAACCCAAAUUUAAAAAUAAUUAUACUCAAUUCAUGUCAGAGUAUCUAACACUAGGACACAUGUCUGAAUGUUCAUUUGAUCCACGGAGGUUAGCAUAUUUUAUACCACACCAUGGAGUGAUUCGCGAAAGCAGCUUAACGACUAAGCUCAGAGUUGUUUUCAAUGCGAGCAGUCCGACUACUUCCGGUAUUUCAUAUAAUAAUUUGCAAUUAGUGGGGCCCACUGUACAGGAUGAUCUGCUAUCUAUACUACUUAGAUUCCGACAACAUAAGUACGUGCUAUCAGCAGACGUAGAAAAGAUGUAUAGACAGAUCGUCGUACAUCCUGAUGACAGACCUCUCCAACAAAUAGUUUGGAGAAAUGAUCCAUCAGAGCUCAUGAAAGCGUACCAGUUAAACACCGUAACGUAUGGCACAGCCAGCGCACCCUAUCUCGCCACCAGAUGUCUUAAGCAGAUUGGUAUGGAUUGCAAGGACGAUAAAAUCUCCGAAAUAAUAAUCCAUGACUUCUACGUCGAUGACCUAUUAACUGGAAGGGACAGCAUUCAAGAUGCGCUGGACAUACAUAACAAGGUGUCUUCUGAACUGGCCACAGCUGGUAUGAACCUCCGUAAGUGGAAAUCAAAUGAACCUCGAGUAAUACUAAAUAAUAACAAUUCAUCUCUCGACUUAAAUAUUGGUUCUACUGAACCCUGUAAAACAUUAGGUCUCAGCUGGCAAAUCGAGUCUGAUGAACUGUAUUUUUCGACGAGUGAAAUCGUUUUAAAUAAUUUUACAAAACGUGGAUUACUCUCGGUUAUUUCACAAAUCUUUGAUCCACUGGGUCUUCUGACCCCAUGCAUAAUUUCUAUGAAAAUUUUAAUGCAAAAAUUAUGGUUACUUAAACUUACAUGGGACGAACAGUUGCCUUCGCAAAUAAUUAAAUUAUGGCUUUCAAUUGUAGAAAACUUAUCAUUUUUAAACAAUUUAAGAAUUCCACGCAGUGUUAUCUGCAAUCAAUAUAUUAAUGUAGACUUACAUAUUUUUAGUGACGCAUCUCAAGUGGCUUACGGAGCAUGUCUGUAUGUCCGUAGUUCUAAUAAUAAAAAUAAUGUGAUGGUGCGUUUACUUUCAGCCAAAAGUCGCGUAGCUCCCAUAAGGCCGACUACAAUACCACGGCUUGAGCUCUGCGCUGCACUUGUCGGUGUCCGUCUCUAUGAGAAGGUGAUAAGUUCGCUUCGAAUCCAAGUAAGAUCAGUAAUUUUUUGGUCAGAUUCGACAAUCGUUUUAGGUUGGUUAAAAAUGCUACCUAACAAAUUACAACCUUUUGUUCGUAAUCGAGUUGCCGAAAUUUUGGAAAAAACAGGUUCAUUUACUUGGCGACAUGUUUCCACUGAUCUCAAUCCGGCAGACUAUGUUUCCCGCGGUACGAACAUAAAUCAAAUUCAUAAUCUUGACUUAUGGUGGUCUGGUCCACAGUUUUUAAAGGGUGACAUGUCUAGUUGGCCUGCUAACCCUAUUGUAAGUGAUAAGCUACCAGAAACUCGCUCAGAGAUUUCUUUAGUUGUUACCGAUCAGAAAAAAACCUUUAAUUGA